AUGUCAAGAAUAGGACGUUUUAAUUUAAUCGUCUUGGCAGGCUCUCCUAAGCCAAGUGCGAGUAUAGGACAAACCCUCGGACCGUUAGGUAUAAAUAUGAUGACAUUUUUUAAAGAGUUUAAUGAAAGAACAAAAAGCAUAUCAAAGAAUGUUCCAAUUCAAGUUACACUAGAACCACUUAAUGACCGAACAUAUCGAUUUUAUUUGAGAACCCCAACAGUUGUAUGGUUUAUCAGAAGAUGUGCAAGGGUUCCUAUUUUUAGUUAUGCUCCAAAACACAAAAUUGUUGGCGCUAUAACUUUAUCAGAAGUUUUCCACAUCGCGAAGUGCAAGCGCAUGGAUCCCCCUCUGAUCAAUAUGUCAAUUAAAAGUAUAUGCAAAUACAUAAUCGGUACAUGUCAAAGCAUGGGAAUAAAAGUGUGUCGAGAACUGAAUGAUGAAGAAAAUAAAAAAUAUUUUGUUGAUGUUAAUCAAUUAGAUAAUAUUAAAAAGGAAAUUAGAACAAAAAAUAAAUUUCAGAAAAGGUCAAAGAAAUAA